AAAACCCGCAGUCGCGAGCCACUGGUCACUCAGUGCGCAUUAUCUCUUCAUUUGCGUACCGCCGGUCGCGACAUUACAAUCUAUAAUCUCCAAGUAUUAAUUAAAAACAUAAACAAUCUAUUCACUGCAGAUGGAUAAAUCUGCUUGGUGAAUAAAUUAUUAUUAUUAUUAUUAAGUUAAUAUUUUUUAAGUGUCGAAAUAGUGAGUGAUGAACUUGAAAUAAAUCUAGUAGCAAUAGAUUGUGUUUCGCAAAACUAAAACUUGUUUGCGUCCGGCGAUCGCCGCAAGUGUGCUUAAGUUGUUUAGUGCGAUUAACAUCGUCCGACAAAAUGCUACAACAUCGUGUGGUGAUUAUCCUGCUUCUCAACAUUGGAUAUGCAUUAUCUCAAGAUGAUAACUAUUGCACUACACCACUAAAUGAUCCUGGUGUUUGUAUCAAUAUCAAACGUUGUGAUGGAUUAAUCCGUCUGCUGCGCUCACAAAUCCAAAACCCCGAGGUGCAGAAUUAUCUUCGACGAUCCACGUGCGGAUACGAGGGUACCACACCGCUCGUGUGCUGCCCUCAACUGGAAUCACAAUUCCGCACGACAACAACAACAACAACUCGGCGGUCUGUUUUUGAUCCAACGAUACCACCCCAAAUACUUCCGGUAUUCACUGAAUUUCCACCGGAUACUACUCCGGUAGACACCAGGGAACCUACCUUAGCCACAAAACUACGCCCGCCGCAUUGUGGGGUUAGUAAGGAUUCCAACACUCGUGUCGUAGGAGGUGUGCCCGCUAACCUCAAAGAGUAUCCCUGGAUGGUUUCUUUGGGUUAUCGCAAUAGCAAGACCAAUCAACCGAGGUGGUUAUGUGGUGGUACCUUGAUCACGGAUAGACAUGUUCUUACCGCUGCGCAUUGUAUUCAUAAUAAAGAUGUAUAUGUUGUACGUGUUGGUGACUUGGAUCUGUACUCUGAUGACGAUGGUGCCACGCCCCUGAAUGUACCAAUCGCUAAGAAAAUGAUACAUGAAGAAUAUUCACCGACUGUUUUUGUCAAUGACAUUGCUAUUUUGACAUUGGAGCAUCCAGUUACUCUUUCAUAUGUAAUACCUGUUUGUUUACCACUCGAUGAACCACAACGCAGUCUCACAUAUGAAAACAGCCAAGCCAUCGUUUCCGGUUGGGGAGCUGUAUAUUUCAAUGGCCCGUCAGCAGCACAUCUUCAGAAAGUUAUACUUCCCGUUGUGCCCAAUCAGAAAUGCAAAGAUGCCUUUGCAAAAGCAAAAACAAUCAUCGAUGAUCGUAUAAUUUGCGCAGGUUACAAUGAUGGUAAAAAAGAUUCCUGCCAAGGUGACUCAGGUGGUCCCCUAAUGGUAGCGAAUUUAACUGGUAACCUAAUUCUUCGAUAUCAAAUUGGAGUUGUUUCUUACGGCUAUCGAUGCGCUGAACCGGGUUUUCCUGGCGUGUACACACGUGUUACACAAUUCAUCGAUUGGAUCUUAAAGAAUAUCCAAUAAUCUCGCGACAGCUUUUUAUUAUGUUAAGUUUGUAUCUGUUUAAUAAAUGUAUUACCAUUGCGUCGCAUUCCAAUCCGCACGUAAUUAUUUAUUUUAUACUUAGGCGAUAAUAAAUUUGUUUAAUUUUU